AUGUCUGCCUCCUCGCGCAUCCCCCCAAUCGCCCAACCGUUCGUGAGCGAUCGGGCUAAGAAGACUCUCGACCUGGUAGAGGAAUUCGUCGAGAAAGACUGCAUCCCCGCCGACGCCGUCUACCAAGCUCAGCUGGGCGAGGGCGACCAGCGAUGGCAGACUACUCCUGCCGUGAUCGAGGGUCUGAAGGACAAAGCCAAGAAGCUGGGUCUGUGGAACAUGUUCCUGCCCAAGAACCACUUUAAGCAGGGUGCUGGAUUUACGAAUUUGGAGUAUGGGUUGAUGGCGGAGUUGUUAGGGAAGAGUAAGGUUGCUUCGGAAGCAACAAACAAUGCCGCCCCCGAUACUGGGAAUAUGGAGGUGCUGGCCAAGUACGGCAAUGACGCGCAGAAGCAGCAGUGGCUUGUUCCGCUGCUGGAGGGCAAGAUCCGGUCGGCUUUUCUGAUGACGGAGCCGGAUGUGGCGUCGAGCGAUGCUACGAAUAUCGAAUUGAAUAUUCAGCGCGAGGGCAAUGAAUAUGUGUUGAAUGGCUCGAAAUGGUGGUCUUCCGGCGCAGGCGACCCGCGCUGCCAGGUCUACCUCGUCAUGGGCAAAUCAGACCCCAACCACCGCGACACAUACCAGCAGCAGUCCGUCGUGCUGGUCCCAGCCAACGCACCGGGCAUCACCGUGCACCGCAUGCUGACAGUCUACGGGUACGACGACGCGCCACACGGACACGGCCACAUCAGCUUCUCGAACGUGCGGGUGCCCGUCUCCAACAUGGUCCUGGGCGAGGGGCGCGGCUUCGAAAUCAUCCAGGGCCGCCUGGGCCCAGGCCGAAUCCACCACGCGAUGCGCACGAUCGGCGCCGCCGAGCGCGCGCUAGAGUGGCUAAUCGCGCGCGUCAACGAUGAGCGCAAGCAAACCUUCGGCCGCCCGCUGUCGUCGCACGGCGUCAUCCUCGAGUGGAUCGCGCGCUCGCGCAUCGAGGUCGACGCCGCGCGUCUCGUCGUGCUCAAUGCCGCUAUCAAGAUCGAUCAGGGCGACGCCAAGGCUGCUCUCAAGGAGAUCGCCCAGGCCAAGGUCCUCGUGCCUCAGACUGCUCUUACUAUCAUCGACCGCGCUGUUCAGGCGUACGGCGCCGCUGGUGUCUGCCAGGAUACGCCCCUUGCGUACCUCUGGGCGGGUAUCCGGACCCUGCGCAUUGCGGAUGGGCCGGAUGAGGUCCAUCUGCAGCAGCUUGGUCGCCGUGAGAACCGUGCCCGGAAGGAUGCUGUUGCUGCGAAGCUGAAUUGGCAGCGCGGCGAGGCUGAUCGCCUGCUUGCUGCUUCGGGGUUUAAGCCCAAGAGUCAUCUGUGA